CUCCUCCAGGCAGCAGUGUGUGUGUGUGUGUGUGUGUGUGUGUGUCGUGUGUCCGCCGCCGCUGAUGGAGUGAUGGAGGCUGUGUGCGGGCAGCAGUACCGGGCUCUGGCGCUGGACGCGGGUCUCUGCACGCUGCUGGCGGUGCUGCUGUCCGCGCUGCUGAAGCUCAGCCUGGAGCGGAUCCGCCGGUGGCGCGCGCGGGUCCCGGUGCUGGUGGUGGGCUCGGGCCCGGUGGGGCUGACGGCGGCGCUGGUCGCUGUCCGCUCCGGGAAGGUGCUGAAGCUGACGCUACUGGACGCGCGGUACCGGAGCGCGCUGCUCCGCCGCCCGCAGCAGAUCGCGCUGGACCCGCGCAGCGUCCGCUUCCUGCUGGAGCUCGGCGUGGACUUCGACAACAUGGAGGGCUGCUGGAGCAACGAGCACUUCUACACCCGCAUCGGUGUGUUCCAGGAGCACCUGCUGAGCAUCCUGGAGCAGAAGAAGCAGACGCUGGACAUCCGCCUGCAGCUCGGCACCAGGUUCAGUGAGGAUUAUCUGAGGAAGAUGUCGAGAGCCGAUCGUCCGCGGGUGAUCGUGGUGGCGGACGGUUCGUGCGGAGACUCCUGCUCGGUUCUGGGCAUCAGCUCUGAUUAUAUUGUAGAGUCGUGUCGUGCUUACGGAGCCAACGCUACCAUCGAGAGACUGGACCAGAGACAGGUUCCUACACCAGAGAUUCGUGCCCACAGUGUGUUCUUCGACCUGUCUGCGUACGGUAUUGACACACUGAAGGAGUCUCGAUGCUCGUCUCAGGCUGCUGCCGCUAAACCCGGAUUCCACCUGAAGAUCUACGGCACUUUCCGGAACCGCUACAUGGCGCUUGUCUGCGGGCCUGAUGCUGACAGCAAGAUGAUGCAGUUCCUGCGGCACACGGCCAACGCCUCAAUCAUGAAGAACAUCUUCCACCAGUCCUUCAACGCCUAUAAGACGGACCUGGAGCCGCGUCUGAGCGAGCUGACGCUGCACAACAUGCAGUGCAGCCGGAAGCUGUUCGAGAUCCUGCUGUCGUACCGCCGGGUGAACGCCGCCUUCAUCGAGGGAGACCGCAUCGCCGUCACAGUGGAGGGGGAAGCGGCGCGAGUGCUCAACUUCGACACCGGCUGUGGUGUGAAUCUGGGCAUGCGCGGUCUGGAGUCUCUGGGAAUCUUCAUCUACCGGACGGCCACGGCUCUGGACCAGAACGACGUUUUUGAGGCGCUUUCAGCCAAGAUCCAGCACUCGCGGCACGUGGCGGAGACCUUCAGGAGGAGCGGCCUGACCUCCGCCAUGUUUGAGUGAGAGGAACUCACCAUCAGAACAGCGGAAAUACUGAACACCAGAGCUUUUUACUUGUGAAAAACAGUGUCUAGUUAUUAGUGGAAAUGUGAUGAUGCUGUUUCAGGCCCGUAGUCAAGGGGAGGACGGGGUAAAUAGUCCACAUUUGGUCUGGAAUUCGUCUAGAUUUUUUAAUCCCAUUAUUGACGUCCAUUGUCCAGUUUUGACUGCUUUUUUCAGCACAAAUUGUGAAAACAAUAGUUUGAUGAAGGCUUUCAGACUUAGCAGAAUCCUGUUAUCUGCUGCUCCAGAAUUUAUGGAAGCCCAUUUGAAGAGUUCACACUCAGCUGAUGAUUGAUUAUGACGCGUGUUUGGCGUGCUGUCCCAGGAGAGAGCCCUGAACUCAUAAGAUCCUCGAGCCCGGGGCUCCCUCCUGUUUGCAAGGGCGAGAGGGGAGUUUGAGCUCAGGUAGAUCUGGAGAACUCCCCUGCUGUAUUAGCUAAUGAACAGAUAGUGAUUGCUCUUUAAACAUCACUACUGACUAGGAGCAUGUCUAUGGUGCUGAUUUGGAUUAGUCAAUUAGCUUAAGUCACAUGCUUUUAGACAGUGGGAGGAAACCGGGGAACCCGGGGGAAAACCCACGUGAGCACGGG